GGAUUGUGUGGGACUCAUGAGUUGAUUAUCGAAGCGAUCUAUUGCACAAGUCAAGUCAUUUUACAGGAGGUGAUCAGAGACUUAGGGGACAGCUUGGAGGUUAUAUCCUGGUUGGAGAUCUCGUGCGACGGGUAGUCUGGAGGUGGACAGACAGUAGCGGGAGGCCGGUGCUCCUCCGAUUGUUCUGUUUAGGAAUCUGAAAGACACAGGCACAGACGGUUCUGACUUUGCUGAGGGGACUGCGACGGCAGGGAUGAUGGCUGCCUGAGGCGACCUGCCAUGGCCACGCAAGUGGAAGGGAAACCGGCAACACUCCUGAGCGACAGCCCCAACGAGACCAAAUCUCCACGGACUCACAUGAGCCCUCUUUCGGAUGCCAGCAAUAAAGCGUUUGAACCAUCCUGCCCCCUCAUCUUAGAGAAUGAUAACAAACUGAGUAGGACUUUUAGUUUCUUGACUAGACCCACAGCGGGCCCCAAACCACGGCUAUCUCCCAAACCAUUCAGUCUGGAACCAUCCGCGUUCUACGAAACAGGAGGGAAGAUGAAGCCACCUUUCAUAGACCCUCUGCCCAUCAGUCUUGGCUCUAAGUCUUUGCUGCCCGAGAAGCUGACUGGAGAGUCAGGCAUCCGACACACAGCUGCCAAAUCUGUACCAAGUGGAACUGUGUCUUCAUUGCUGUCUUCCUUUGGCCAAAGGACUUCAUCGGGAUCUGACGCCAGCCACUUCUUCAGGCCAUUGGAUUCUCAGGAUAAAGAGGAAACGUUGCUGCUCAAGUCUUAUUCUUCGCCCAAGUCCAUGGUAGUUUCACGCUCGGAAACUGGAGGGCUCGCGGAGCAGAAGGACGAACAACCCAAAAGCGAGCCAAUCGCGUUAGUCAUUUUAGAAAAGUCUGAUGUUCAGAGGUUGAAAUCGAAGCAACCGAGUGAAUGGGAGAAAGAGAGUGGACAAAGGACCAGGGGGGAUUCUCCAUUAGAUCAAGAGUCCCAAGGGACCCCUAGAUCUUUAAUCCUCUCCAGACCAUCCGCACUUUCCAGAAAGCACAGUCCAAGUACAAGUCAAGGACCCGGAACCUCAAAAUACCCCUCUAAAGCUGCUUCAUUGGCUUUUCUAGGAAUGUCUGAACGGGUCACAGAGGAAGAUAAGGGCAAAACGGAUAAAGAAACAGAUGCUAAUGAGAUCCCAGUGCCCUCCAGGACUGGCAUGAGGAAAUCUAGACCCUUGGCGACUUGGCUUCCAGGAACCACGAAUGACCAGAAGUCCGUCUCCCCUCCAGAAACCAUUGUGAACCUCGAUGAUAAGACAGGUUCUGUCCGUCACGAAAAAACCUGGCUUAAGAAACCCAGGCCCCUGCCGAUGGACCUCACGGCACGUUUUGAAGCUGUAGGACCCGGUGGUCACAGAAAAACUGUAGCCUUGUCGGAGGACAGCAAGGAAAAUGUUCCCGUAGUCAAGAGCACCAGUGGGCUGGCCUCAGACUCGAGACGCGAGGUACGUGAGCUGAUGCUUCAACAAGAGGAGCCUCCAGGGGAGACUGACAAAUGGGCUGUGACUCCUUUGAAUGACCGCAGAGAUAGCGAUGCUCAGAAUUGCACUGGUAAAAAAAAACUCACUAAUGUCCCCAAAACUGAGAACAAUGCGAAGGACACCAAAGGGCUGAGGCUGAAUGGGAGGGAAGACCCAGAGAAACUGACCUCCAGAGAAGAAAUAUUUGGGUUUGAAAACGACCUCAAAAUCCCUGCAGAUGUCAGGGACAAACUAGAAGAAUCUACUACCUCAUUCAAAGCUGACAUUGACAUGUUGAGAACUGACCAACAAAUGACUUGGACCAGGAGAGAACCGGAGAAAGAGAGUUCGAGCCACGAGCGAGAGGAUGAAGGGUCCUCUUUCUCCUCUGAUGAUAGAAGGAAACGGGAGGGUAGCCGAACCCCGGGGUCUGGGGGGAUCAUCAAGAGUCGGAUCAGCCUGCUGCUGGAUUCCGCCAGCUCCCCACCAAAAACAUCGGAUUCUCCGCAGACUGGCUCCGAGAAGGAAAAGCUGAACAUUGGCAUCAGGAAGCGAAUCCAAACCUUCGCCGUGGAGAAGAGCGAGGCCAAAAUAGAUGAACGCAGAGCUUCCCAACGGCGUUCGUUCCAGCCCAGACCGCUGUCCACGGGCAUCACCAAAAGGUUUCUGACUGAAGCAGCUGAUGAGGACGAUGAAAAGCAAAUGGAACGAGCCAACUCCACGUAUCAGGAACAUCCAGCCUCAAGCAGGCCCGAGCGGGAGCGAGCCAGAGAGAAGCCAGGAAAACGCAACCAGGCGCAGACCGAGCCCUUGCACACCCUGGAUCCCUACGAGGAGUUUGUCUGGAGGAGGCGAGGGUCUGUGGGGGGAAUGAGCAGAGGGAUCGGGGAUGAGAAAAUGACCCCGGAGAAGAUGGGUGUAAAAAGCAGCUUCACCAGAGAGCGGGAGAGGAGGGGGGACGGGCUGGACCGAGACAUCCCAUUCACUGUGGUUUCUGUGUCUCGAGUGGAUACUGACUGCUCGGAGCAGAAGCCGGCCAGCAGCUGGACCUCUGACUCGGACUCCAGUGUAAAGGCUGUGAGGGUCUCGCUGAUUGACAACCACAUUGAGCGUCACAAAGUGCCGGAGCCCCAGCGCUCGGAGCCAGCCCUGCCCUCGCUGCACAGUGACGCUGAUCAGAACAGAGGCACAGGGAGGGAUAUACACUCGAGAGUCAAGGCUCACACUUCAGAGAAAGCCACAGAGGUUAAACGCCGGGAGAGGGAGAGCCAUAAAGAGAGGCUUUCUGAGUCUGAUGCUGCCCCCGUAGAGAGGAAGAAAGGUCCAAUCAUUGAGGAGAAGUGUGCCGUGCAGGUGUCUGAGGAAAGACAUGCUCAAGCCCCGCAGCCAAAGGUUUCUGACCUGCUCUCGUUAAUGAACGUUGGCGAAAUUGAAGCGAAGGUGGAUAUCUUGCAAACGCUGAGUGAGAAGGCCAUAAGUUGCUCCCUCCCAACCUGCGAGGACAAGGCUAUACCCCUCAGGAGCAGGAGGUCCCGUCCCCCAGUGGAGCAAAGCCACAACGAGGACCUCUCCGAUAGGAGGAGACCGUUGAAGUUUCUGCUUCACGCUGAGCCCAUCACGAUCCUGGAGAAAAAUACCGAAGUGAAGCCCGACCCCAUUGGAACUGGCCAACGCAAGAGAGAGGACGUGAGAACGGUCAACCCAGUCUCGGACUCUGGAAGGAGCCGGUUAGAGAAGACCUCACUUGGUUCUCACAGCGGGCUGGACGUGGGGGCCAGCAGCGGGCCCAAGGAGAUCCCCAGGGGUGAGGAGGUGUUGGGAGCCUCGGGGUUGUUCAUCACAAAAGGGGGAAAAGACAUCGAAAUGUGGAAAGAGCCGCAGGUUUCCUUGUCAGGUGAUGGGACCACGAAACUGGGGGUCCCAAGGGAGGGGGCGGAGAGGAGGACAAGGAAGAAAAGCCCCUCUUCGGAAUCCAGGUCGACGAUCUUCGCAGUAACGGGGCAAAUGGCCGAGUACAUGGCUGAGGCUCAACCUCGUGCGGCCAAGCGAGCCGAUGACUUGUUCGCCAUUGCUAGCCGACCGGGCGAGAGACGGAGAGAUAAUUACCCGGAGGAAAACUCGGUGAAAUCCAUCGAGAAAAGCCCCAAACUUGCGUCCCGGGAAGGAACCAGGAAAACGCUGCUGUCAGAAGAGUUCCUGGACAGGGACGAGGCUGGGAGUGAGGACGCUGCUGUCGUGCUCCGAGUCCCGAGAGCUUCCAAACGCACCGAGACGUCUGAGCCUCAGGACAAGGUGAGGAAAACUCGAAGUGCUAAGGACCGUCACCGACACACGGUGGUGGAUCUCGACGCCUUGAUGAUGGAGUACAGGAAGGAGAAGACCAAACAGGAAGAAGCGAUGAGGUCUCGGCCCAGUCAGACCAAGGACGACUUGUACCAAAGAGACUGGGAGAAACCCGGCAGCCAAAGGCUGGGAAGUAACAGGGAGCAGAGCCAGAAGGUCUCGUUCUCUUCAGAUCAGCAGAACGACGGCUCAGCAACACUUCGCGACAGGGAUCCGCAGAGGAACAAAGUCCUCGACCUCGAUGUCCUGAUGGUGGCAUAUAGGAAAGAAGGGCUAAACCUCAAGGAGAGAGCCGGGCAGAGCGGGGAGGCGAGGUUGGCUGAAGAUGAGAAGGCUCUGCCAAUAGCCCGAAAGAUCUCACCGUCCGCCUCCGGUGAGAUGAAGAGCUUCGCCAGGACCCAACGCAGCAGGAAACGGCUCGAGGAAGAGAGCAAAGAUGACUCCAGCCUCGGCACCAGCGGAGACCAAGAGGCCAAGAGCGAGAGAAGGAGAGGCAGGCUGCCCUCGGCCUUUCCAGAAGCGAAAGUGCAACAAGAGGAGUCGGGAGAGACUGAGGUCCACGUGGGUGGUCGGAAGCCAGAGCCAAACCACACGAGGGCAAAGCACAGAGAGGAGGAGAGAAACGAGCGGGCAGCGAGGGCCAGAAAGAGCGAGCACCGGAGCGACAUUCUUCACAGAGAAAGCAAACCGGAAAUCCCUCUCAUUGAGACCUCCUCUCAAGAGGUUCAUUGGCCUGACACCAAACCUAGUCCAUUGGACUGUUUGUUGGCUCCUGGCUCAAAACCAAGUCACAGUUUGCCCGGGUCGGGGAGAGGAAUAAACGGCAGCUCACAGCUGGAUAGUAACUGGCGAUGCGUGGAAAUAGAUUAUAGAUCGGUGGAGAGUAAAGAGUCUCUCAGCUACAGCGAUGAGAACCUCCUGCCCAUUCACCUGCCCCACCCGGAGAUCAGGAAGACGAGGCCCGUGGAAAUCGGCCAACGGACCACAGACAGUCCUUCAACCCGGCAGCAGGAGGCGCUAGACAUCGAGAGAGGCUGGGGAGCAAGGAGCUGCUCCCCGAGCAAGGGUACGAACCAGGUGACGGACGUCCUGUUCCGAGCGAUGAAGACGACCUCGCAGAAUAAGAAGGAGGAGUCGCGUGCGGUGGAUUGGGUGCCCCCCGAGACGGUCCGUACGCAGAGCCCACGCAGGAGAUUGGAGGAUAUGCUGCAGGCCGUGGCGAGACCCCGGAGACGGAUUGAGGAGGAAACGCCCUCAUGGCGCAAGAAGCAGGAGCCGGAGCAGAUCCGGGAAUUCUGUACGGGAGUGCCUGCGGCCGCCAGGGAUACAGACGACCUAGUGCAGGAUCAGACCUUGUACCACUCAUUCGAGGAUGAACCCCAGCCCCUCGACAGAUGUUCACUCACCUCACCUUACGCUGACCCUGGGGUCGAACAGGCCUCGCCCUACGCAGAACCUUCCACCAGUCCCUUUGUACUCCCCGCGAGGCCCGCGGAGCACAGCCGCCUGCCCUCCCACUCGGAGGGGAAUGGCGGCAACGAGAGACGCGGUUCCUUCAGGGGACAGAGGUCGAGCAGCCUGGACCAUUCCAGCAACGAGUACGAGUCGCUGGAGGACACGGACAGCUCCCAGUCGGCUGGCGUGGGAGCCCCAAUCGAACACAAGCCCGAAUUCUCCUUCCUGGAGCACGUGGCGGUCCUGGACAACGUGGCCCAGAAAUCGCGGAUACAACUCGGCAAGAAGAGCAUACGUCGCCCGCCAGGGGCUAGAACCUCAAGGCGACAACGACUGAUCUCAGGGGACGCCCAGAUGUCCCCCGACCAAAACAACGGCGACUGGAUGUACAAGGAUUCCACGGAGCCCCAGCUGGUCAGACAGGAGGAAUCGGAAGAGGAAGAAAUACGGCCUCGGCCAAUCCCAGUCAUGCAGUCUCCGAGAGUCCCGAUGUUCCCAGGAAUGGACCCCUCAGCACUAAAGGCCCGCCUACGGCGAAGCCGUCCCAAGGAGGAAGAAACCAUGGAAACGAGUACUGUGCAGCAAUCCCGGUCUCUCCACGGGCCGGCGGGUGUCAGGGUCCUGCCUCCUCCACCCGGCAAAGACGAGGGGUCAGAAGAAGCUUCUCCUUCUUGGCUCAGGGAGCUGAAAUCGAAGAAGAGAUUUAGUCAGAACCAGCAUUGCCCUCCUGACUGGAACAAUCAAUGAAUGAGACCCCGAGAGGAAACCCCAGCCUGAUAGAAGCCUUAAAUAGUCAACUGGAGUUUAUCAAGAAAGUGAUUUGUGUCCCCAUCCCACAUGCUGCUGCUUCCUCCCUCGCUGCCUGCAUGUACCUCCCCUUUGUCCUCUGUGAAUAGGCUGCUUCACGUACAGCGAAACCCAACGCUCCAGGUUUGUGAGAUCCGACCCCGUGGGGAAACGUCCCUGCCAACCAAACCAGCGAGACAUCUAAACCUGCGAUGGAUAGAGCCCGUCUCUUUGGUACACUUCAGUUGUGUUUGCGGGACAGAAUGUGACCUGGGGGGGUGGGCGGGUGGAGGAGGUCUGGUGUCUCUCGUUCGUCACUCGUCUGCUACAACCUCCGACUGUUCACCCAACGAGUUUACCGGAGUGGAAAGAACGAGUGGAAAUCGGCUCAUCGGUCACAGAACUCGCUGCCCCGUCCAACACAGACUCCCGUUUUGCCUGUUGCUUUAGGAGAUGGAGGAGUUGUAUCAGACUUAGGCUGUCAUUACACAAAGGGCUUUUUAAAAAAAAACGAUUCUUCAUUUAAACCUGAGGUCUUUUGUUCGUAAUACAAUAAUGUAGUGCACUCCAGAGAAGGGAGAGGGAGGGUGGGUGGCCGUUGUUGGCUGCUGUGCGUAAUGUGCCGGGUCUUGUCAAGAGGGCGAGGGCUGUUGUUUGUAUGUCUAAAGCCACAGAUCACCUCGUGCCAACUGCCUCCUGUUAGUUAGCCUGGCAUCGGUGCCUAGAGCUAUUCUUCUCUUUCUGUAAAAAUCAGACCUAGAGCUCUGCUUUCCGUUUUAUAGAACGUAAAACAACAAUAGAACAAAACCUUCUCCUGACGUGAGAGAGAACAUGUAACGCUGUCAUGUGGUGUGCAGCAUGUUGAACGAUUUUUAUGAAACGCUUGUACAAACUGGCAAAGAAAUUGUUUUUUUUGUACUACUGAUGCACAUAGGAAGUGUUUGGAGGUUCCUGAAUGUCAGCCAGCCUUCCCGAUUUAAAAAAAAUAACAGAUUUUUAUGUAUUUUGUUUUCCCUUUCCACGCAGGAAGAAAAGCAAUAACCUCAUGAGACCUUUAGUAACAACCUCUUGCAAAAGGACUCUAAAUAUUUGUCAUGUCAUCUUUUGAUUUGCCUCUUGUAAAAUAAGCAGGACAGAAAGGCUGACGUGGAAACUGACUUGGCUCAAUACCCGAUUGGAACUGGUGUCUCCCAGGAAGGGAUAGGGAAUGGGCCAAACAGCAGUAAACGUUAGCUUCCAGCAGCCCACGUUACCAAGGUCUUCGCUGCUGGGAGAAUAGAGCACACCAUGAGUGAAUGUAUGGAAGGGCUAGAACCACUGUAUAAUGGGGCUAUGAAAGUAUUCACAGCUGAUUGGUGUGCAGCUGUGUUCAUCUUCAGUAAAGAAUCCACAAGCCUGGCCUGGAGCUAAGGGUUAGGAACUGAAAAGCAGAUGUCACUGGGUGCAAUCCUGGUGUCAUUCUUUGUCUGUUUGUCUCUUUCUCUCUCGUUCAUCCAAUUCACUUGGAGUUGUGACAAGGGGUUGGCUUUUUGGGGUACUGUAUUAAUUGCAUGCACAUUGAUUCAUUUUGCUUCACCUGCUGUAUGUGGGGGGGGAGGCAGUUGAGGAGGGAUUAAUGGCACCACAAAAUAAAUGAGGGGUGGGAGGGGAGGUGAACCUUGCAUUUCUUUGGGGGAGAGGUCAAGAUAAGUUGCCAUUGGUGUUUGCAAUCCAAGAAGUGCUGAACCUGGGGUACAAUUCCAGUCACCCACUGCCUUAUCUGGUUAUGAGCUGCCAUAGAUCUUGUGCCAUGUUAAAAAGCGUGUUUACAUACCCACUUCCCUUUAAAAGGGAGUGUUGGUUACUCCUGUGAUGUAACGAGGACUGGGUUUGGAUUCUGUUUCCUGGUGUUCCGACAAUGCACUGAAUAUGAGAUUGUUUGGAAGCCCUCGCUACAAGGGUUUUGGAAGUUGUAAAUGUUUAUGGUGAAACAUUCAGAAUACAGCUGUACAGAGAGACCUUCUUCAUGGGAUUGUGGCCAUAGACUACUGUAAUUCCUGCCUUAGAAUAAUAACCUGGUCUGAAAUUGGCUCCUUCGUGGUUGGCUAUUCUCAAUAGCAGAAAACAACUUGGACCAGUUCAGGUGAUGUCCAAUGGAUAAACUGGAAAGGGGGUUCAGGUGGAAAACAUAUCAAUCCAACAGCAGCCUGAUUGGAAAGAUAAGGCACUGUAAUGCUACCUUUACCCUGAUAUUUGAUAUUCGCCCCCAAAAUACACAGUCGAUUCACUUUACAGUAUACUCUGUAGUGCUUUGAGACGUAUCAAAGACGUGAUGGGGGCCCUAUAUCAAAUGCAAGGAUUAUUAUUAUUCCGGCCCAGUGGCUGCUUGGUUAGCACUGUAUUCAGUUUUACGAUUGAACAGCUCAAGCUCCUCCAAGAGGCAGUGCCUUUAGACAGAGCGGUCAAAAUGGUUUACUGCAUCCUGGGAAUCCUUUUGAUUUCCUACCACGAUGCACUGUGCCAACUGAGCAUUCUCAGAUCAUUGACCCAUAACAUUGUCAGGAGUGGAAACGAUGAGAACCGUAGAACGCACAUGUAUGUCUCCAUUGCCAGUGUCUGGUGAACACUUUCGAGUGUGUUUUAAUCGUUAGGGGCACACUUUGUUCAGGAGGGGGUGCUGUAAAGCCCUCCAAUGGACUAGCUAAGUUUGGGCAAUGGUCUCUCUAUUCUGAAUGUAAUUUUGUCAGAUGAUUGUAAGAGUCUGGUAUUUUAUAUUUUAAAAGUGCUAUGAUGGUGAGUGCAAGCUGUGUAAUCUCAAAUUUUCCUUUUGUUUUGUAUUUUAGGUUUACAGCCUGAUCAAAGUCUAUUUGUGUAUAAAUCAUUCCUUUGUCAUGUU